CAUCAUCCCCAGCAGCCGGCGGGACACAAGGUCCUGCCUGAGCCGCCCAAUCAGCGGCUGCGCGCAACCAAUAAUGGAAGCAUCAUUCACAACGGGGGAACCAUAAGCGGCCGCAGACCGCCGGCCCUCACGCUUCCGCACGAUCUUAAUAAGCAAGGAAUAUUCCGCAGCCGCAGUACUUCGGCAUCGAAUAUCGGCGCGUCGCGCAGCCGCAAGCUCGGUCAUCAUUGUUGCCAUCACCGCAACGAGUCGAGUUGCUGCAUGGAGAACGAGAUGCAGGAGAUCAAAAGGUUCGGCAGCGAGCCGGACCUGCGGUACUCGCCGAUGGCACGGGAGGCGGCGGCGCGUUGCAACGGGAAACAGCAGCAUCAGCACGCGAUCACGGAACAGCGGCAUUGCGGAAGCGGGCAUUAUCCCGAGCGGGACUGCAGGGAGCGCGAGAGCCGAUACAAGGGCAGGAAGAAAUACAAGGCGCCGGCGCCGCCGUCGAACGGCGUCAUCGACGGGUCGUCUCCGGACUCGUACAAGUACACGGAAUCGGGUCAGGAUCGCCGCGGCGAGGGAGAGAUUCAGCCACCUCCGAGGCGAUCGCGGCUCUUCAAAACGCGAGCGGAGACAAAGAGGGCGCAGGUCAACUGGAUCUCGUCGUCGCAGACCCACGGCGUCGCGGAUCGUUGCGAGAACGGCGGGUUGGAGAACGAGCGGAGAUGGCGGGGCGAGGACAGCCGUGCCGCCAACAAGGAAAACAGGCUUGUCUGGCGCGAUCAGAGCAGCCGUCUCCAUCAGGAUCGCUGGUAUCGGGACGAGUACAGGCGCUCGCGAAUCUUCGACGGCAAGAACACGUUGCAACGAAGCAUGAGCAGUCCGGAAUUUCAGGCGGAACUGAUGCAGGUCGCCCGAAAGGUACGUAACAAGCUCAACUGCGGCGGCAGAUCGGGAUCAGCAAAUUUGGAACGCGGCAGCGAUACCGAUCGGUGCGUCAAGGAGCCGAAAAUCGAGGAGACGAAGAGGCCGGAAAAACGAGCGGCGAGGAACGAAGUGAGUUCUCCGGAACGCGCGAUCGAAGGUAGGAUCGUCGAAGAGAGGCGGCUGAUCGACCGCUGUAAUCGAACGGAGAACAAGCUGAACGGACAUGAAGAUCACAAGGGUAACACCCGCAAUUCCGGAAGAACUAAGGACUAUGUAGACGAAAGGCAAGCAGAAGUGACAUCGGGCGGUAAAAGACGUAUCGUUGAGAAAUCGACGACGCUCGACGAGACGGCACACUCGAGGGAUCCUUUGCGGAAAAGUUCGAAGGAUCGCUUGGACGCGGUGGGACAGUCUUCGGCGGAGAGGCUAUCCUUGGAGAAACAACGCAGGGACCUCCUCGAGGACUAUCAGCGAGCGAAGAGCGUGAGCAAGAGCCGGAAGUACGAGAACGCGACGGACCCGGCGAGAACCAGAUCGGAGAGCCCGGUGAGGCCCUGCGUGAGAGAUCCUCGGGGCCAAGCUUCCGGGAGGGAGAGCACGCCCGAGCGAACGAGCGAGGCCAAAGAGAGAGAGAAGGAGAGGGAUCCCGAUCGUAGAUGGCGGAAAAACGAAGCGGCCAGAACAACCGACAACACGCUGAACGAGGAGAAGAGACGGGCCUGCGAACCUGUUCCUCCCGCGACAGCCGAGAAGGACGCGAAACCCAAAGAGAAGCUUGCGAGGAAACCAGAAGUCAAGGAAGUCCCGCGCGAGAAAAAUUGGCACGUAUUGCCAUCGCAGGAAAAAUCCGCACCCAAGACGUUCUACUUCGGCAUGGAUGAAGCGUUGUCAAACGAGUCGCGGAAUUGCGUGGAUCAGCAUAUGGAGCAGAUCCAGUCCAGGCUGCACUCGAAAGAAGUCAAUGGAUCGAUCGAUUGCUUGGAUUAUACGGACGAUGGUAAGAACGGACCGGAAGAUAUUUCGUUAAAAUUGAGACCUACGUUACCUAAGAAACAACUAGAAAUCCCGCGAUUCUCACCAUCGGCAGCGUGGAGAUUGUUAUCAGCGCUGGAAGCACCUGGACCAACCAUGAGCACGGCAAGCGAGGAAGUUCCGGUGAUGUUCGAGGAGCGUAUCGAACGUCUGUCGAGGCCGCCUCCGCCGCUCAUCGCGCUCGGUCCGCGCAGCUCGCACGACAAGUCCGGCGACUCUGGCAUUUCUGGCGACGCCGGCGCGGCCAAUGAUGACUCGCUCGACGUCAGCACUAACACCAACAACAGAUUGAAGACGCCGGCAACCAGGCCGACGUGGACGCCGCAGCAAGAUCUAGGUGAGGAAUCCAGCAGCGACGCCGGUGUGGACUCACCGCCGCCGAUGCCGGCGCCGAUCAAAUUCCCACCUAGAGCGCACGUAUUCUCGCUAUCACUGCCACGUGAUGACAAUCGCAUGUAUUUGUACAAUUCGGAUCCGAAAAACAAGGAAGGUUCGACUUUCAAUUCGCUACAGAAGCUGAAGAGAUCGGUAUCGGGCGCUUUGGGACUUGGACUUUUAGAUUUAGAAAGAAAACGUACUCGCGACGUUCUGGACGAUAACUGGAUGUUGUCGACAAGUGCGCCGACUUCGCUGCAACACACGCAGAUCACGGACGCGACGCGAUCCUCGCCACCCGGCUGGAAGCCCGGUUUUGAUGACGAAGACGACGACGACGAGGAACUAGAAGAGGACUCGGAGGAUCGCGGCGACUUUCCUGUAAUUAUGAAACCGCCGUCGUUCUCGUAUCUCGCUUCCGGUGGCCAUGUUAUGUAUCUGCCCGAGUCGAACGACUCCCAGUAUCAGUCGCAGAAUUUGACCUACAAGAGCAACGUAACCGCAGAUCAUGAAAAGAACUCCAAUAUCAAUUCCGGGCCAAAGUAUCGCAAGAAUAAUAUAGACGAAAUCAGAAAAUCAAACAAAGACAUCGAGAAAACAAAUAAACAUUCCAAAGACUCGGCUAUUCUGAAAGACAAGUCGUUCGCGAGCGACGGAAAGGUAAACAAUAGAUUUUCCAAGUCGUGCGAGAACAUCUCCGAGAUGAAACAACGAAGCGCUUCGCCGACCGGAGUUCAACAGAAUCUGCAGGACAAAGAGGUCGCGUCGGAGGUGAAGCCGUUGCUGAAGAAUAACUCGAAAGGCCGGAGAUUUACGUUUCAGAGCACCGUGCGACAAAUCGAGAGACGCAGAUUGGCGGAGAAACUGUCGCGGGAAGCGGAAGCCAAGGAGAGACAAAGGAAGGGCGAGUUGGAGGCGAUGCGUAAAGUUGAGGAAGAGUUUCAACGAAAACGAGCCCGGGAGAAAGCAAACAUUAGGCAACAACUUCGCUUGUACAACAUGGACGAAAACUUGAGUAGUUUGCCACCUGCGUGGGAUAGUUCGCAGUUGUCUCGCGCGGAUCCGGACGGCGCGCCGUCGUCUUCGGCGUCGUCACCGACGUCGGUCCCACCGGCGAAGCUAACGACUAUACGGAAGAGCAGCGUCAGCAGCGACGAGUAUCUGCGCAAAAAAGGACCCAGCGCGGAAGCCAGACAGCAGCAACAUCAACAACAACCGAGAGAAUACAAAGAUUAUCGGCCAAAAUAUUACGACUGGGUGCCCGCAGAUUCGUCGUCGCAUUUGGAUUACAAACAGACCACCGUGCAUCCCAAAGUGGUCUGCGACAUUCCCAAGAGCUCACCCGUCUUUGUGGACGCGCAUAUAAAUGCCAACAAAACCGCGAAUCUCAAUUCCACGCCUAGAUCCGACAAUUACAGGAAAGAUUUUGCUCACGGAGCCGUGGCGGCGAGAUCCUCCUUAGCGAGCAGCGACAGCGAGCUAUCGCAACCGAACACAAGACCGCAUUCCAGGCAAACAGGCGGCAAAAGCAAGCCCCUACGUUCUAGGUCGGCUAGUCCAGCGCGCAGCGAGGAAGUCGUCAGUACGGAGGACGAGAACCCGGUGGAGCCGAUCAAGCAGGAGCGAAACCUUACGAACGGUUUCUUAUUGAACGGAGUGCAGCCUUUCGUGAGGGAGAAGAGCUAUCGACCGAUUUCGUUCAAUCCCCAAUCACCUCCGCCCAUUCCAAGUUAGAAGUUCCGUUUCGUGGAUCGUGAGAGAAGAUACUUUAGAUUUUAAUGAGAAAGAACUUACGCGCAACAAAAAUUCCAAUUCGCACUUUUCACACAUCUUUCGGUGUAUGUAAAAACGCAAGAUGUGUAUCAUCGAAUUUGCAUAUUUGCGAAUUUCCGCAAGUGCCACGUUCUACAUAUUUAUUCGGUGACCGAAAAAAUUAUGAAAAUUAUUUAAAGAAAAAAAAACAUUGACAUUCGGUGUGUACAUUGACUGAACACACACGCGCUUAAAAGCCAACGCGCAUACUCGAAAAACUUUUAUAAAUAGAGAUGUUUUUUCUAUAAACGCGAUUUACAAAGAAAAUAGUACAUAUAUAUAUAUAUACACAUGCAAUUUAGAAAAAAUAUAUUCUUCGAGAAACAAAUUCGUGUACUCUAAACUAAAUGAAUGUAUAUAACACUUGUAAUAGCGCGUGUACAAGAUUUUUCACGCAGUGUUAGUAUGUACGUGAAACUAAUGUUCAUAGUAAUAACUUUACGAUGUGUAACAAGUAACACGAUCUAACUCCUAACCAAAUGUGUUCCAUUAUAUAUGACUCUUGGUACGUUCACAUAUUUACUAUUUAUACAUGUCGUCAUAAGUGAUUAACAAAAGAGACAACAAAAAAAAAGCGGAAUCAAAGAAUCGUAAGCUUAACAACAUGCGCGAUGUCGUUUCAUAAACUUACUUUACGAAACCGCGUCGCGUCGACAAUAAAAAAAAACAAAAAAACAAAAAAACUAUCGGGUAUAACGCAUUACUCAACAGGUUUAGGGCAAAGUAUGUAUUUUGUAAUUAUGUACAGAUAACAAUUGCAGGCGACUGCAAAUAUUUGCUCAUGUAAUGUAAUCAAACAAACGUUGUUAUUGA